AUGGGUCAGUCGGCGAGUACCAGUGGUGAUGUGUCUUCCUACAACUUGAGGCGACACAGAGAGUAUUUUGUGCAGUUUAAUGACACUUUCGUACCGCUUGUAACACCAGCUUAUGUUUACGACUUCAAUGUUCGAGUAAAACGACCUUCGCAGUUGGAGGUCUUCACUCUUCAGGAUAAACUGGUCCACAGGCAGUCCUUAAGUGUCAGUGCAGGUGGCAGUUGUGUCCUAGUCGUCGCCAGCAUUACCGUGCCGAGUGCUGCGUUCUACAAGGUCAAGAUAUUCGACCUAUCUGUUGUUGUAUUCUUUGAAGAUAGUUCAGUCAAGCAGAUUACACCGCCGGAAUUUAGUAACGCGCUGCCAAAUUGGCUACCAGAUAGCAUUGAUUUUAGAAAUAUCGUGGCUUCAAUGGAAACAGAUCUUCAACAUUUUCAAAAAAGUUCCGUUUGGAAAAAUUUAUUGGAUUCUCUUACAAAGAUCAACGAUACUUUAAUUCAACUUUCACAACUUUUGGGUAGCGUUACAAAAAUUUCGUUUCCAUCCUUAUCGCACCGAAAUAUUUUGAUUGAGUUGUUGAGCGCUGGUCUAUUUGAUAGAAUUCGGUCUUUCAAAACAAAUCAGGUCGAUGUUUUCUCAAAAAAUUUGUCACAUAGCGUUAUCAAUCCAUUGCAUGAAUUUAAUGCUUUCAAUAGCCAGAAUCAGAAAACCGUGAGUAAAAUUCAAAAAAACUUUAAUGAGCUGACAAAAUCUUUCUAUGUUAAUCCAUCACAGACUCAUUCGCCACUGCAUUCAAAAAGGGACUUCGAAUUAGCGAGAUUGGACUACUAUGAUUUGUUAUAUCAAUCAUUAUAUAAUGGAUUACCACUAAGAAAAUUUGCAAGCUCAAUAUGUCUGUUCCUGUAUAACAAAAGGAUCAGUGAGUCAGAAUUCAAUUUAUCCUAUAUGCCAAGAGUAAACGCAUUAAGAGCAUCCAUCAAGAGGUCAAAAGAUUUCCAAGAGCUUGCUACGCUGCAUCAAGGUUUCAAAAUUUCAAGUAAUUUCAAGGAAGAUAUUGUCUUGAUACGGUAUCUCAAGCAGAAUGGCAAUUCAAUUGAUACUUUAAACAGUAACGAAUCAACUACUACAUCUUCGUCUACUUCAGGUCAUUGGCAUAGACAAUGGAUAGUGCUAAAUGACUAUAUUUUGCAACUUUAUUCAACUUCAAAAAAGUUACAAAACAAUACCAGUUCACGCUUUCAUCAAAUCAAUUUAUCCUUCGCAUGCAUUAAACAAAUCAACGCCAAGACUUUAGAUGUCAUUACCACGGGUUCACCACUGACUAUCUCAGUACCGACGCAUCUUCAGACACAGAUACCAGCAGCAGCGACAAAUGGAACAGCACCGUUAUCGUCAACAGCAUAUUCAACCUCAACUACAACUGCAGUAGGCACCACACCUAAUGAUGACCUUGUCUCGCCGGUUCGAUUUCUUUUGCAAUUUCACAAUGAAAACGAAAUGAAGACGUGGUUGAGUGCUUUAAGGCAACAGGCCACACAAGAAAUUCAUAGUAGCUCAAAAUCAAUGCUUACAAAUGAAUCUACACAUUCUUUGAAAAAUGAAAGUAAUAGUCUGCUGUCUAUUGUUAAAAAUCAACACGAAUCAAAUUCCACAUGUUGUGAUUGUGGUAGUACAGAAUCGGUUGAAUGGAUUUCAAUUAAUAUAUUAUGUGUUGUUUGUAUUAAAUGCUCAGGGGUUCACAGAUCAAUGGGUUCACAUAUUUCAAAAAUGAGAUCUUUAACCUUGGAUAAUUUUGCAUCUCCGGAAAUUCUCCAACUAAUUCAGCACAAUGUUUCUAAUUCAAACGUUAAUUCGAUAUACGAAAGUUCAUCCACAAAGAGGGAAAGAAUUUCAUCAACGUCGACUGAUGCUGAAAGAUCUCAAUACAUUAUUGAGAAAUAUCAGUUGAAAACGUUUGUAGAUGACGGUAAGCAGGCUCGUAAGAAAUCUUUCAAAGCUCUCAUAAAAGCUAUUCAUUUGAAUAGUAUUUAUCUCCUACAGAAGUGCAUUGCGCAAUCUAGUGAUUCAUUAAAAGAGAUAAUUGAAGCGGAAAAAGGAACGACCAAUAGUGAUCAACCACAGGCGUCUAUUUUUCAGUAUUCAUUGAAGCACCACGAAAUGGUAAACGCACAUCCCAUCUUUUUCAUAACUGAGUUUUUACUCAUUAAUGGAGUUCCAAUAGAUAAAUUACCCCGAGAUACUCAAAACUGGGCCCCAGAUGUUCUAGAUUAUUGGAAAAGCAGGAUAGAAAUAUACGGGACAUACAAACCUGUCACGCUAAACUGCCAGAAAGAAGAAAAUAUUUCCAUUAAGCCAUCUAAUAGCAAGUCCCAGUUACCAGCAUUAACUAUCCCUUCAGAUAAAUCUAAUAAACGGUGGAGCUUGAAUCCUAUUUCUGCAUCAGCUCAGUUAAAGUCACCAACUAACUUGUUGGCGAUGCAUAAAUCUCUUAAAUUACCUAAAAGGGGAGCAAAUACCCACAAGGAAUAA